AUGGUUACUUGCAGGGGCCUCUGGUGCACUUUACUGAUGUACUGUAUUUUCCUUACUGCCCUUUACUAGGAGAGCAGAAGCAUCGAGGAGCCUCAGAAAUGUAGCAAGAGCCCUGUGGGGGUGAAGAGCUUGUAUACGGAGUUGCCAACAAAGCUCCAGUCUGAGGUAUCAAGAGCUCUGCAAACGGGGAUGUCAGUGAAGCUCUGUGACGAGUGAUGGCGAAGGUAGAAUAUUUAAACAUUAAAACGGAAGGACAGGGAAAACUAAUGAUGCCUUGGUGACUGUUACAGCAGGACAUAAGAGAAAACUCUAAAUUUCAUUAUUGCUCAGAAUCUAAGAAUCGUGGUGAGCUUCACUAAGUGUGCUGGAGAGACAAUAGUAAAGCCCUAGGCUACAGCAGGGACAUGAACGAGACUCUUGGUUUCCACGGAGUCCUGAACUUCAAGAAGACCCUCGGCAGUGUGUCAAACUCCGGUGGAGAGGACAGUACACCAACACACCCGAGAAACGUUACCGGUGUUCCUAAAGGGGACAUGAAUGAGGGCGUUCUGGAGGUCAACAGGAAUAUUACAGACUUCCCAGAUUUCACCAGGGUCGUCAGUGGAUCAAUAGACCUGGGAAACAUCACUGGAGCUCUGGAUUACUCCUCCCUGCGAAUAGGGAUUGUCUCGGAUGACGUGACCUUGAUACAAAGAGUUUCUUAUGAGGUACUUCUGCCCAUAAUGAUAGUGCUGGGCCUGGUUGUCAACAUAUUUGGUAUCUUUCUUCUCACUAGACGCAAGCUCAGGAGCAGACCUGCAAAUUCAUACUAUUUGAUGCUGAUAUCCUGUGAUCUUCUCAUCUUAGUGAUUAGCAUCCCCACGGCCAUCACCGUUAACGGCUGCCGCCUCUUCUCAUAUUCCGUAGCUGUCUACUUCGCCCACAUUUUCUUCACUUUCUUUUACAUAAUUCAGACUUUUACUCUCUACGUCAUUCUCUGGAUCUCUUAUGAUAGGUUCCUCGCAUUGUGGUUUUUCAAGAGGUUCCAUGAAGUUCAAGGUCGCCGAGUGUUGCGCAGUAGAGUUUUACUAACAAUGAGCCUGUGUAUUUUGAUGCAUAUGAAGCACUUGUUUGAUGUACAAUUUAUGUGUGUAAAGUCCUCGGAAACAGUUAAGGAGCCGGAUGAAUGGUGUGAGGGCGGAGUAUGGAUCAUCAAAGAUGACCUCCACAGCUUGAGCAGGAAGAACGUGUGGACACAUUUGUGGUGGGUGCUACGUGGUUUGGUGGUGUUGGUGGUGCCAAUUAUCCUGGUAUUGGUGUUUAACGUCGGCAUCGUGGUAGGACUGGUUCACCGCCGUCUUCACAAUACUGCUGCCACCACCAGGACUCGAGGACAGGCCUACUCCAGCAUCUACAUAUCUCUUGCCAUCUCUGCCACCUUCGUCCUCUGCACUGUUCCUAUCACCGUCCACGCUACCUUCUAUGCUGAGAACAUCGUCAACUGCACCGGCCCUUAUUCCGAGGAGGUGUUCCGUGCUGUUGCAAACCUCCUCCUGAUAGGAGAACACCUCACCCAUUUCUUGUUCUUCUCCUUCAAUGAAACUUUCCGCAGCGAACUGAAGACUUAUCUCAUGGCAGGGCGACAUCGAGUUCUAAGUGCCUUCUCGCAGUCUUGUUUCUCUCAGCGCAAGAAGUCCACUGUUUCCCCUGCCACAUCUUGCCCUUCGCAAUACCCAGGAGGACCACCUCAGUUAAUCAUCUCCCCGCCUGAGGGAUCAGCGGAAACCAACAGUAAAGACCCUCGAGAAGCUCCCAUCCAUUCAAACAUCCCCCUCAGAAACAUGUCUCUUAGUGACUUAGACCAUCCCACUAAACCUUCCAUCCGACACUCCGACCAAGGCCCUCCAUCAAGGUCCUCGGUGAACACGAUUGAAGAGGUGUUAUGAAAUGAUAAUUAUGUGAAGCGCUAAGUGCGCGUGUGUGUGCGCGUGUGUGUGCGCGUGUGUGUGCGCGUGUGUGUGCGCGUGUGUGCGCGUGUGUGUGCGCGUGUGUGUGCGCGUGUGUGUGCGCGUGUGUGUGCGCGUGUGUGUGCGCGUGUGUGUGUGCGCGUGUGUGUGCGCGUGUGUGCGCGCGCGUGUGUGCGCGCGUGUGUGCGCGUGUGUGCGCGUGUGUGCGCGUGUGUACUCACCUAUUUGUGGUUGCAGGGGUCGAUUCACAGCUCCUGGCCCCGCCUCUUCGCUGAUUACUACUAGGUCCUCUCCCUGCCCCAUGAGCUCUAUCAUACCUCGCCUUAAAACUAUGUAUGGUUCCUGCCUCCACUACGUCACUUUCUAGGCUAUUCCACGGCUUGACUACUAUAUGACUGAAGAAAUACUUCCUAACAUCCCUUUGAUUCAUCUGAGUCUUCAACUUCCAAUUGUGACCUCUUGUGUCUGUGUCCCAUCUCUGGAACAUCCGUCUUUGUCCACCUUGUCUAUUCCGCGCAGUAUUUUAUAUGUCGUUAUCAUGUCUCCCCUGACCCUCCUGACCUCCAGUGUCGUCAGGCCGAUUUCCCUCAACCUUUCUUCGUAGGACAAUCCCCGUAGCUCUGGGACUAGUCUUGUUGCAAACCUUUGCACUUUCUCUAAUUUCUUGACGUGCUUGACUAGGUGUGGAUUCCAAACUGGUGCUGCAUACUCCAGUAUGGGGCUGACGUAAAUGGUAUACAGAGUCUUGAACGAAUCCUUACUGAGGUAUCGGAACGCUAUCCGUAGGUUUGCCAGGCGCCCGUAUGCUGCAGCAGUUAUCUGAUUGAUGUGCGCCUCAGGAGAUAUGCUCGGUGUUAUACUCACUCCCAGAUCUUUUUCCUUGAGUGAGGCUUGCAGUCUUUGGCCAUCUAAACUAUAUUGUGUCUGCGGUCUUCUUUGCCCUUCCCCAAUCUUCAUGACUUUGCAUUUGGCAGGGUUAAAUUCAAGGAGCCAGUUGCUGGACCAGGCUUGUAGCCUGUCCAGGUCUCUUUGUAGUCCUGCCUGAUCCUCAUCCGAUUUGAUUCUUCUCAUUAACUUCGCAUCAUCUGCAAACAAGGACACUUCUGAAUCUAUCCCUUCCGUUGUGUGUGCGCGUGUGCGCGUGUGCGCGUGUGUGCGCGCGCGUGUGUGUGCGCGUGUGUGUGCGCGUGUGUGUGCGCGUGUGUACUCACCUAGUUGGGGUUGCGGGGGUCGAGUCCGAGCUCCUGGCCCCGCCUCUUCACUGAUCGCUACUAGGUCACUCUCCCUGAGCCGUGAGCUUUAUCAUACCUCUGCUUAAAGCUAUGUAUGGAUCCUGCCUCCACUACAUCGCUUCCCAAACUAUUCCACUUACUGACUACUCUGUGGCUGAAGAAAUACUUCCUAACAUCCCUGUGAUUCAUCUGUGUCUUCAGCUUCCAACUGUGUCCCCUUGUUACUGUGUCCAAUCUCUGGAACAUCCUGUCUUUGUCCACCUUGUCAAUUCCUCUCGGUAUUUUGUAUGUCGUUAUCAUG